AUGUGGAGCGCAUUCGGACGAUUUCGCCCGCGAGCGUCAUCCGUUCUUCUCAAGCUGCUUUUUCCAACGCCGAGGGUUCGACUACGAGGCUGCGAUAACCGGGCUGCUGGAGCCGCUCAUGCCCGUCGGAACACAAAAAUUACUAGGGUGUAUCAGGCGAGACGGGUCCCAGGUGCUGCCGACCGCAACAAAAAAGAGCAUCUUAUUGUUCGACGGAAGGUUGGCGAUGGGGAAAAGGUAUACGCCCACUCAAUAGCUUCGGUUUUGCUCGUCACAGCCGGUGUAGCACUUUCAACUAUGUCUUCUCUUUCGCAUAAACGUCCCAAGCCUAAACCGGGAGACGAGUUUCACACUACUUCCUUCUCUUCGUUCACGCAAGAUCACCUGGUUGGUCUUUCGCUUCUUACACUCGCUCUCGUCUUGUCCGGUUUGAUGGGCCUUGCCCAAGAACGGACGUACGCCAAGUAUGGGAGACAUUGGCAAGAAGGAAUGUUUUACUUGCACUUUUUGGCCUUGCCAAUGUUCGCUUUACCCGGUAUCGGAGGAGACCUCGUCCACCAAGUCAAACUCGCCAACGCAAGCCCACCGGUCUCGCUACAAGGACACAUCCAAACCCUCGCGGGCUCUCCCAUAUUCCGACCCGCCGGGCCGUUAGGCGCUCGCGUGCCCACCCGCUUGGACCCAAUCCUCGACCGCAUUCUAUCGUUCCCGCUCUUCUCCAUCACGCUUCCAUCAUUCUACGUCCCCCUCGCGAUCAACGUGUUUACCCAGUUCUUGUGCGUCGGCGGGGUCCAUCGGCUGACGAGCCAGGUAUCGAGUCUGAGCGUGACACUCGUCUUGGUCGUCCGCAAGGCCGUUUCGCUCUGGAUUAGUGUUGUUUUGGUCGGUGGGAACGGCGGGGAUGUGUAUUUGUGGGGAGGCGCGCUCGCCGUGGUUGUUGGGACCGUCAUGUAUAGUUUAGAUCAGGGGCAAGCGAGGGAAAAGGUCAAGGAGAAGGAAUUGUAG